AUGGAUGUCCUUGACUCGCAAAAGCAAAUCAACGGGAUUUGCCUAGACCUCUUACUUCAAGAAAUAGUGCCGCUAUCGCUAAGGGUGACGCAUCUCAAUGCCGAAAAGAGACAGCUGCAAGAUACUGGAAAGGAUUGCCAAACACGAAUUGACACGCCUCUACUGAAGAUUGCUGGCGACCUUCCUGGCCGAAUUGCCAUCUUUGAAUCUGAACACUUGUCACAAGAUGAGGUCACGUUGCGUGUUGAAUCCUACGGAUACGCAACUGGCCUCCGUCUCACCGAGGUGUUGAUUUUCGUGGACACGAUCAACGAUAUCGCAAGCGAGCAGAAGAGAUACACAGUCACGAACUAUGAAACUAGGAUUCGAGUGAAUCACUACCUACAGGCUGUUUUCCAAGGAGACACAGCUCAUGCUUUACAGUUAUUGGGGAAAUUCAAAGACAAAUGCAAGUCAAAUAGAACGCAUUCAUCGUUUCCGAGGAAUGUCCAGAUUUACAUUUCUUGUUUGAGUACCUUGGCUGCCCAGCUAUCAUCAUCUUCGGGUGGUUCCGAUCGUGAUUUUACAGCAAUACGACGGACUAUUGACGAGGUUGCCUCAAUUCCUGAAUAUAUUUCUCUGGACGUUGAUGAAUCUCAGUUAACCCGAAUCUGGCUGCAACUAGUGAUAGCUCUAGUUCGCCAUUUAGACCAUCUACCUUCUGAUGACCUUGCUAGGCGCCAUCGAAUCCGGAAACUUGCUUUAAACCUAGUUAAUGAGCAAUGCAUUUCCACAGAAAGCUUAGAAAAGCUCAUCGAAACCGACUACCCCCAACUUUUACGUUCUUUAAAUUAUAUUUGGCCAUUUACUCAGCACAAAUCUACCGAGGAGACUAAGAUUAAUGUUCUGCCCUUUUUAAACAAAGACGGCUCCAUGAGUUAUCUGGGGUUAUGUGAUUUUAUCGGAUCAUCAAGGUAUCAAUACAAAUCUGAUCAGCGUCCCAUGUUCGAAAUUUAUGACUCGCUAGAAGGAAGCGAUAAAGAUGAGUUCUUCAAAGCAUAUUUGGAUUACAAUAAGGCCCGCCAAUUGGAGGUUGAACACUACUGUGGCUCCCUUCAAGAGUCUUUCUCUUCCGACCAAAACGGUCAAAAUUUCCGAACUUUCAAUUCUUUGCAUGGCGAACAGAUGAUUCAAUGGCACCAUCAGAUAUGUUCUGCUCUUCAGAGUCUUGAUAAAAGCUCUCACAAGAGCCUCUCAAAAUUCGAGUUUUUCUUCACCGUUUACCCUGUCGAAAAGCUUGUCUCUUUGGUCCUUACCAGAAUGAUUUCCUUGACUCUUGCCACGGGCCAGGUACGGACUAUCACUCUUGCACGGUCGAUUUCAAGCUCUUUUAAAUGGUCAUUCUUCACUGAACCUACUCUUCGACCUAUGUUGCAAGACCUCGAUCACUACCUCAAUGAUGAAGAUGCUAUAGAAUUCUUCUGUGGGUUAAUAAAGGUCGUUGUCGAUACAUGUGUAUUGAAAAACGACGAUGAAAUCCGAGGGACCAAGUUGUUUUCUGGUGAAAAGACUAGCCGGCCUGUUUUUUCAAUUAGCUAUCAAAGGUUUUCCCCAGACAGCUCCCCUUUGCAUAGGUCUGGGAUUAUUUUGCUCGACCAGGAGAUCAUGCUGUAUUUCCAAUCUCAGAAGGAAAUCUUCCAUAGCGAUUCAUAUCUCUUGCCAAUGCUUUGCCCACCAGUUAAUUGGACCUCGCCCAUGAAGGGAGGUUUUCUAGAAUCUUGUGCUCCAUUGGUACGCUCGCCUGAUGAAAAAACGACGUUCAAAUUUAUGGAAAAGGCAAAUGAAACUGGGCAACUAAGCUCCCUUUAUCGAAGUCUAAGUCUACUUGGGUCGGUUCCCUGGACUAUAAACCGUGGAAUGCUUGAUGUCUUUAACCAUGCCCUAGAACAAAGUCGAGGAUUCUUGAGUAUUCCUCCUCCUCUUUCCGAGUUGAUGGUUGAGAAAGUACCUACGCCCACACAGAACGCUCCUGGUAAUCAGGAUGACCCCAAGCAAGCUAUGAGAAUCUUCAAGCGCCUAAAAGAACAAGCUAUCCAGACCUAUAAUGAUCUUCGAGGUCUACGGAUUACCUAUGAACUCAUAAACAAACUGGCAAACUCUUAUGGUAAAAAUGGAGACAUCAUGUACCUUCCCCACAAUGUUGAUUUCCGUGGAAGAGCAUAUCCUGCUGUUUCAUUCCUAUCACAUCAUAAUGAGGACUUAGUUAGGUCAGUACUAAUGUUUUGGGAAGCAAGGGAACUCGGUCCUAAUGGAUAUGAUUGGCUCAAGUAUCAGUUGGCAAACCUUUACUCCAAAACAAGUCUCACGAUGCCCGAGUCUAUACACUUUGUCGCCUCCAAUAUGGAAAACAUCAUAGAAUCUGCGCAGAAUCCUUUCGGUGGCUCCAUGUGGUGGACGAAAGGAGACAAGCCUUGGCAGUGUCUCGCACUUUGCAAAGAACUUCUUCUGAUAGAGAGUUUCGAUGGCCCACCAUCUACCUACAAAUCAAGGAUCCCUGUUCAUCAAGACGGUACUUGCAAUGGUCUUCAGCAUUAUGCAGCUUUGGGAGCCGAUGAAGAAGCCGCAAAGUCCGUCAAUUUACUUCCUAGUGCUCAGCGACAAGAUGUAUAUCUGGCCGUUCUCGAGCUUGUCAAAAAACGAGUUCACGAAGACUCUGCUAGUGAAGAUGAUGAUUUGAAGCAUCUUGCUUUGAUCAGCAAGCCUUUGCUCUCGAGAAAGCUCAUAAAACAAACUGUUAUGACCACAGUGUAUGGUGUGACCCUAUUUGGAGCUUCACGCCAAAUUGAAGCCAGAGUGCAAGACGUUACAAAGCAUUUGGAUAAUGAUACUUUUGAGUCAUACUCCAGAAUGCAAGUUGCAUCUUACAUUGCCAAAACUGUGUUAAAGACGAUCACGGAAUUAUUUUCUGGGGCGAAGGCUAUUCAGGAUUGGCUAGUCCGUAAUUGCAUAAGAUGUAUCACGUCCUUUCGCUCGGAGGAUUUAAACUUCCAGAAUGAUGUGGAUUUUUUUGGACUGAAGUAUUACAGACCAAUGAUGUGGAGCUCUCUAUCUGGCUUUCCUGUCGUUCAGCCUUACAGGCAUUUCAAGAAGAAAGAGAUUGUGACGCCUUUACAAAAAGUCAUGAUCCACAAGAAGUCCAGUCUCACCCACAUAAAUGUCAGGAAGCAACUCAAUGCUUUGGCGCCGAACUUUAUACAUUCAUUGGAUGCCAUUCAUCUUCAAAUGACAUGUUUAGAAGCUAAUCGAGGUGGUAUUAACUUCGCAGCAGUGCAUGACUCGUUCUGGACUCAUGCCGGUGAUGUUGAAAUUUUAAGCAGAGCAAUUCGUCUGGAGUUUGUUAGAUUACACAGUUCCCAUAUCAUCCAAAACUUGAAGGACGAUUUGGAUUUUACUAAUCGUGACGCAAUGCAGGUUGUUUGGGCUGAAAAUCAAGAAGACCCACUUUUCAUCGAAGCAUUGCAAACAACAAGACAAGCUUACAACAUCGAUGAACCCAAGCAGCGAGGGGCCCGCUAUUUUAACAAAUGUCUAAUGCAUGAGCUCAAGGAUCCAUCACAAGUUUCCGCUUUGCAAAACAGCAGAACGCUAUGA